UAUGUCAGCCUCCAUGAAUGUUUUUAAGAGUCUCCAACAAAGUCAAAGUUUAAUACGACAAAGCGGUUGUUUACAUGCAUUUAUCGUGAAUAUUUGUAAUGUAAAAAGAUAUCAUUUCACUAGGCGGUAUUCGUCAAAUAGUUCCGCCGAAAGAGAUAAAGAUGACGACUUCUUUGGAAUUGAAGAAUUUAAGGAUUCUGAUUCCGCGAAAAUGGACGGAUCAACGUCAAAACUCAAGCACCCUUUAGUUGAUAAUCUUUUAAAGAUGCCGGAGGUUUCAAAUAAAAAAGAGAUCACUUACGGAUCGGAUCGUCACUCUGUGCGAUUAGAUCGUCAAAACCGACAAAACCGACCACGAUUACAUAUGCUUCCUCCCCGCGAACUUCGUGAUGACAAAUCGCGAGAAAGGAAAAUUUACUCUGGACCCAGAAGGAAGAACCUUACUGAUGUCCCUGACUCUAAAUAUAUUUCUACUCAGAAUGCCCCUUCUCACUCAAAGUCUUGUUCAGAAUCUAACGGCAAUGCCAGCACACCUCCUCACUCAGGGUCUUCUUCAGAAUAUCCUGCAAACGGCAAUCCCAGCCCACCUCCUCACUCAAGUACUCGUUCAAGAUAUCCGCUAAAUGACAAUCUACUGGCUUCUUCUAGUGCUAAUAAUGACGAUAAAGAUUUGGGUGGUAAUUUCAUAGAUGAACAAUAUUUUACGUAUUCACCAAGUGUUAACCCAGAAGAGCAACAUCAUAAACAAUAUAGGUCUAAUAAUGCCACGCAUUUACCGGUGAUAAAUGAACCUGUAGAUACCGAUCAAAAUGUCGAAACCACUUCAAAUAAUUCUACCAACGAACCCAUUUUGGACGAAAAGAACACAUCAAAUAAUAAUUUUAUUGAUGAUCAGUAUUUUGAAUACGAUGACAAUAAACAAUAUAAAACAAAAUUUUCAACGAACGAUGAUUUAGAAAUAAAAAAUAUCAGUAGUAAGUUGGAAGAAAGCAGAACAAAUCUUAACACAAUUGAUGAACAAUAUUUCGGAAUGGACAUGGGUGCUGCGAGCGAAUCUUUGUCACAAUCGACAAAUCAGGAUAUGUCCGAGGUGAAGUCUUCUAAGGAUCAGGAAGUGAAAGAUCAGGUUAGGAUGGAAAAGAUAAAGCAAUCUCUGAUGGACGACAAUGUGAAGAAGCCAAAUAAACCAAAUCAAAAAGGUCCAGAGAAAGCUUAUGAUAUCGCAAUGAAGAUAAGAAGGGAAUUAAAUCAGGGAACAAAAUCUGAUAAGACAGAUUCAGAAACAAGAGCAAGAUUCAGUGGACCCGUUGACAGUAAAGGUUUCCGAAUUUUAAAACAUCAAGUACCCAACAUCAUGAAAACACCAUCUUUUAUGGUGGUUGAUGUUCUGAAAAAAAGCAUUGUAUAUGACAGAGAUGAUAUUAUUGCUAUAGAUAAACCAUACGGUCUACCAUCACAUGGUGGUCCAGGUGUACAUAUGAGUGUAGGUCAACUUUUACCUGCUUUAGCGGAACGACUGGAUCCAACAGGUGAAUUAUCAACUCUUCAUCUGGUACAUAGACUGGAUAAAGAAACAACGGGGGUCAUGCUUCUAGCCAGAACAUCAGAAAUGGCCAGUGAAUUAAAAGGUUAUUUUAUACGGAGGGAAGUGAUCAAGAAAUACUGGGCAAUCACUAAAGGUGUUCCUAAAUUACCUGAAGGCAUUAUUAAUAUACCAAUGGCGGAGGUCGACAUGGGAAAAGGUAUUCAUAGGAUGGCCCUUAAACCAGAAUAUCAGCAAAAAUUUUAUUCAAUUAUGAAGAAGAGAAAUAUUAACGAAUCAGUGGAAGCCGUCACACAGUAUAAAAUAUUACAACAAAAUGGUACAGCAGCUUUAAUAGAAUGUCAGCCAUCUACCGGUGUGAAGCAUCAGAUUCGUGUCCAUCUUGGUUUUGGUUUAAAUACUCCAAUCCUAGGAGAUCAUAAAUAUUCACAUUUUAGUAAACUAGUACCACAGAAAUUAUACGGAGACAUGCUGCAGAAACUUGGAAUACGACAGAGCAAAGUACGUCACGUUCCAAUGCAUCUUCAUGCCAAAAGUUUAGUGAUCCCAGAAUUCCAGGAUGGACGUAACUUAAUUGUGUCUGCUAAAUUACCGCAACAUUUUGUCACGAAUAUGCAUAGAUUAAAACUGACAGCAAGACGUUGAUGUGAUUGGUUGUGGUGUGAUAUUUUUAUAUUAUUAAAUUUAUUACUUUAUAGGCUGUGUUACCUUCUUUCUUUCUUUCAAAUUCUAAACCAUUUAGGGGGCGUGGGGGGGUGAUGGCCGAAUGGUUAGUAUGUGCACGCAGUAUCAUUGAGUCAACUGACAUGGUUUCGAUUCCCCUUUUUGUUUGUGACAAGGAGCAGGGUCGCCUGUCCAACCUAGUGGAUUUUUUUUCCGGGUCAUCUCUGUAGUAAGCUAUUCCUAUAGCUUUCUUUUUCCUUGUCACAGUGCAGUACAAAGUUCAUGAUUCUGAGGGCGAAGGAUUUAACAUGAAUUUGGUUACCGCAUACAUGUAUGUGCUGCGGAUAUUUUUGUAUCUCAUAAUUUUUCAUGACCAAGCUUGGAGCAAGACAUAGUCAUAUGCUGCUCAGUGGAAUAAAGAAAUUCGCCUAAAAGCUACAGCUAGGCGAAGAGAUGUGUAUUUACUUUAAAUUCAAUGGGAAAUUAUGUGUUGGUCUGACCCCAAUUAGACCUUUAAAUAGAGUAGUCGCCCCUGUAUUGUGAUCGAAAAUAAAGAUAAAGGAUUUUAUGGUCUAUGAUAA